UGACCAGUGAGCAAUGGCUUUCACCCUCAAAUAAAGUUCUUUAUUCUUAUGUUUAUUUCCUGUAGGGCUCUGGCAUCUGCCAUGGAUGAAACCACCGUUGCUGAGAAAUACCAGCAAUGGAUGGUUCAGCAUGGACGAUCCUAUGCGAUGCAGGAAGAGCAGACUAUGCGUUUCCAGAUAUUCAAAAACAACCUGCAAUUCAUACAUAACUUCAAUAACAUGGAGAAUCAAACGUACAUGUUAAGCCUCAAUGAAUUUGCGGACUUAACUAACGAAGAAUUCCUCAUGAACUACGCGGGAUACAAGUUAUCCCCAAGCGAAAAUUCACUUAAAACUAAAAGGUUUCGAUAUGAAAAUCUGACUAAUGUUCCCCACAGCAUUGACUGGAGGAAGAAAUGGGCUGUCACUGAGAUUAAGAACCAAGCUUCUUGUGGAAGUUGUUGGGCAUUCUCAGCUAUCGCGGCAGUCGAAGGCAUCGUAAAGAUCAAAACGGGUCACUUAUUCUCACUCUCCGAGCAACAACUGGUGGAUUGCGCCAGGACAAAAAAGUCUCGAGGCUGCGAUGGUGGUUAUAUGGAUGAUGCGUUCAAAUACAUUGUUAAAAACCAGGGACUCGCCAAGGAAUCGAAAUAUCGAUACACUGCGAAAGAUGGGAAUUGCAGUCGUCGAAAGGAAACAUUCAGAGCAGCACGGAUCCAUGGAUACGAGGACGUACCUCGUGAAAACGAAGAAGCACUCUUGAAGGCCGCGAGCCAGCAACCGGUCUCGGUGGCCCUUGAUUGCAGUGGAUACGGAUUUCAGUUUUACUCGGGAGGUGUUUACAGAGGACCAUGCAGGACCAGUUUAAACCAUGCGGUUACCGUUGUCGGGUAUGGAACAAGUGAGGCUGGGAUCAAGUACUGGUUAGUGAAGAACUCGUGGGGCAAAUCUUGGGGUGAAAAUGGUUACAUGAGGAUCGAGAGAGAUGUUCAUUCCAAGAAAGGGCUUUGUGGCAUCGCCAAGAUACCUUCCUACCCAGUUGCAUGAAUAUGUAUGUAUUUAUGUGUAUAGCACGUUCAAGGGUUACACGUAGCCUCACAAUUUCCCCUAUGAAUCGGUACUAUAUGCAUGAAAAUAACGUUGUUGUAUGACUGUUUAAUGUUUA